AAGGAAACGAGCUAGCUGGUUUUCUGAGAAGAGACCAUAUUUGUUCGUAGAGGAAGCCGUUGUUGUCUGGGCUACAACUGCCUUGCAAUGCAGACACUGGGUAGUCUUGCUUCAUGAAGAAGAAGGCACUGGCGCUGGCUGGAAACUAGGACUCUUUGACUUGCACUAUUAUCUCGGUCCAUGGGUGUCCCACUCAUGGCCUGGAUGUGAGGGUCCUCUGAAGAGCUCAAAAGAAAUGGCUUUAAGUAAUGUACCUUACCGGUCUGAGGUCCUGGCCUGGGGCCCUGAUGAACUGGCAGAAUACUUCAAGAAGCUUAACUACAAAGAUUGUGAGAAGGUUGUGAAGAAGCACCACAUAAGCGGUCCAAGGUUUCUGAACCUGUCUGAAAAUGACAUUCAGAAAUUUCCCAAGCUUCGGGUUCCAAUUUUAAGCAAGUUAAGUCAAGAAAUCAACAAGAACGAAGAAAGAAGAAGUUUAUUUGCAAGAAAGCCCCAUCCACAAAAAUUUGCUGACGAGAGAGAGUUCCAAGAAGAAGAAGAUGGUGGCUGGUCAUCCUUUGAUGAGGAUGACGACUAUGAAAGCCCAACUGAGGAUGCAGAUGGAGAGGAAGAUGGAGACUAUGAGUCCCCCAAUGAGGAGGAGGCACCUGCCCUAGAGGAUGAGGCUGAUUAUGAGCCCCCUCCCUCCAAUGAUGAGGACACCAUGCAGAACACAAUCCUUCCUGCCAAGAUCCCUUCUGGCUCCAUGUACAUAGACAGGCCCCUAACUGGGAAAACCCCUCAACAACCUCCAGUUCCUCCUCAGAGACCCUUACCAGGCACUGGUGGCCGAAACAAUACACCUCCUCAUCUUCCACAACCCAGUCAUGAAGAGCCCAUGAGAGGCAGAAACCAUCGAACACCCAACUUUCCUGCACCAUCCAUAGACAGAAGUAAAAAACCCCCAUUGGAUCGUACAUUACCUCAAUUUGAAAGAGAUUCUUUGGCAAUAGGGAAGAAACCACUUUUUCCUGACAAGCCUUCAGCUCCUGCAUUAAGGCCUGCUGGAGAUCACUUACCUAAGAUACAAAAGCCUCCUUUGCCACCUGGAGAAAGACCGGAGAGAAAUUUUAAGAAGCCACCUGUACCAAAACAUGGAUGGGCAGCAGACAGAAGAGAUGUGAGUACAAAACAAAUUGCUGUCAAUAAGAUGUGCAGUAAAAUAUACCAUAAGUCAUUGGAGGGUAGGAGUUGGGGAGGGCAAUCAGUCCAUAUGAGACAACACAAAAGAAUCUCCAUGAUCCUAGGCCAUAUUCCCCAGUUUUCAAAAUCUUUGCUAUGCCCUCCUGACUUCUGGAAAUGCCAGAUAUACAUUUUAUACCAAGGUCACCCAGAGAAUGAUGUAACCCCUGUGAAUCCAUUCAUUCCUGACUAUCUUAACUCUUCUUUUUUCUUCACCACAGUACAACAAAGGCCACUGCCUCAACCAGCUCUUCCCUCUUUCACUUCCAAUACUUUCCCUUCAAGAUCUAUCAAGCCACCAUCCAGGUUUCCCCAAUCAGGAUCUAACAGUAUGCCUGGGCCAAUGACAACAAGUAUUUUUCCUUCAAGUUCAACCCUCCCACCAUACUUGUCAAAAGGUCCUUUCAACAGACCACCUUCUAGAGGUCCAGCUGAGGGAAGACCUUUGCCAGUUCCAGUUAGACAACAACAUCUUGGGGAUGAAGAGAAUUCAUUGAAUAAUGAAUGGUAUGUCUCAUACAUUACUAGAACAGAAGCAGAAGCUGCUCUUAGGAAAAUAAACAAGGAUGGCACUUUCCUGGUGAGAGACAGCUCUAAGAAAACAGUUACCAACCCAUAUGUACUCAUGGUGUUGUACAAAAAUAAAGUUUAUAACAUUCAAAUUCGUUACAAUGAGGAGAGCCAAGUUUACUUGUUGGGAACUGGACUUCGAGGGAAAGAGGAUUUUUUGUCAGUGCCUGAUAUCAUUGACUACUUCAGAAGAAUGCCACUUCUGCUUAUUGAUGGAAAAAAUCGAGACUCCAGAAACCAAUGCAUGCUAAUAUAUGCUGCAGGGUAUCCUUAGGAAGCUAUCAAGUAAAUAUCAGCCUCUUCCACAUCUGUCAGCAAAGAAAGAUGAUCUAACGAGCAAAACUAUGGACAGAGACUUCAAACUAAACAGGAAAUUUUUUUUGGAAAUAAGAUUCUAUUCCUUUCAUUUAAAGAUGUUUUUGAAAGGACAACUGUUAAGGAUGAGAUCUCCAAUUAUUUAUUAUUCUUUAAUGUCAGUGAAACUAUAUAAAUGAUGAUGCUAACACUUCAAGUGCAUUCUAAUAAUUCAAUUUAUACUGAUUUAAUGUAGGUAUUCUUGAAUACCUAGUUAAUGUGUAUUUUACACAUAAGUUCCAACAAAUAUUAAUACUUAAUUACAUUGAAAGUCCAAAAAUUUUUAUAUCACAAAUUUCUGUUAUAGAUAAAAUUUAUGCCAAUAAGUAGCAAUCAUCAAUAUUUGGAAAUAAACUUUACUUUUAUCAGUAAUUUCAAAAACUUGAAACAUAGAUCAUUUGUUGUUGUUGUUAAAAGAUAAAAAGAGUCUUUUUUUUC